AAUUAAUCAGUACAUAGAGCAAUGACACCUGAGUAGUUUAAUGUUCUGAAUAAAUUAAUAAGGAUACAUUGAUAAUGAGAGAAGAGGUACACACUGGACUUGGGAAAUUAUUUCAAUGAUGUAUGCAGAAAAGACUGAAACCAUUCCUAUAAGCAAGAUUGAGCAUAUGAUAGAAGCUGUGCCUUGGGAAACGGUAGAAAGUCUGCCGUCGCCAAGGAUACUAAAUACACAUUUGCAUUACAGUCGCUUGCCAAAACAAGCAAAGGAAAAGAGUUGUAAAAUGGUAUACGUGAUCCGAAACCCAAAAGACGUGGCAGUUUCACUGUACCACCAUACUGUGGGUAUAGAUCUGUUUGAAUAUAAAGGAAAAUGGGAACAUUUUCUGCCUCUAUUCACACAUGGAAAAAAAAAAUCCACUAUACGAUCAACUAAUGAACUUAUUAAACGGCUGAUAGGGGUACAAGAAACAUGUAGUUCUUGCAGUAAGCCGAAUAUUAGUAAUCGAGGUGGUAAUCAAUUUCAGCCGAAUACCAUUUGCUGGUUUGAGUAUGUUCUUGAGUGGGAGGACAUAAUGGCAAGGAAUCCUGAACUCCCCAUACAUCUGAUAUAUUAUGAAGAUUUAAAAGAGAAUACUUUACAAGAAUUGUAUCGGUUAGGAAAAUUUCUUGGAGUAGAAAACAAGGAUGGGAUAUUUGAAGAAAUUAGCGAGAAAUGUCAGUUUGAUAACAUGGUGAAAGAUAAGCAACAAUAUUUAGCGCCAAAUGUUGCCUUUCUUGCAGACGGCUUUACAUUUUACAGAAAAGGAGAUAUUGGUGACUGGAAGAACUGGUUCACUGUUGCACAGAAUGAAAUGUUCGACGAGAUCUACAGCAAAAAAAAUAACAAUUCAAAGCACAAAUUUAGAUAUAGCAAAAAAUGAGAAAAGCUAAUCUCUUGAUUUUGCACACACAGGCAC